AUGCGACCCGAAAUCGAGCAGGAGCUCGCCCAUACUCUGUUGGUAGAGCUUUUGGCCUACCAAUUCGCCUCCCCCGUCAGAUGGAUUGAAACGCAAGAUGUUAUCCUCGCAGAAAAACGAACAGAGCGGAUUGUGGAAAUUGGCCCAGCAGAUACUCUAGGUGGCAUGGCCAGGCGGACACUGGCAUCCAAAUACGAGGCUUAUGAUGCUGCGACAUCUGUGCAACGACAGAUCUUGUGCUAUAACAAAGACGCUAACGAGAUUUAUUACGACGUUGAGCCGGUCGAAGAAGAGCCAGAACCAACAGAAUCUCCUGAUGCCAGCACGCCUGCUGCUGCUACCCCUGCGGCCGCGGCGGCUGCAGCUCCAGCUGCGGCACCUUCCAACGCUGGACCAGCAGUUAUGGUAGAUGACGCUCCGGUCGCAGCCCUUGAUAUUGUCAGAACUCUGGUUGCUCAGAAAUUGAAGAAGACCCUGACAGAAAUUCCCAUCAACAAAGCCAUUAAAGAUCUAGUUGGAGGAAAAUCCACCUUGCAAAAUGAAAUUCUUGGCGACUUGGGCAAAGAAUUUGGCUCAACUCCAGAAAAGCCGGAAGAUACACCUCUCGACGAGCUCGGCGCCUCAAUGCAAGCCACAUUUAACGGCCAACUGGGUAAACAAUCGUCCUCACUGGUCGCCCGUUUAGUCUCUUCAAAAAUGCCUGGUGGCUUCAAUAUCACUGCUGUGCGCAAAUAUUUAGAAACUCGAUGGGGUUUAGGACCUGGAAGACAGGACGGGGUUUUGUUAUAUGCAUUGACCGCCGAACCACCGUCCCGUCUGGGAUCCGAUGCUGAUGCAAAGGCUUUCCUUGACAGCGCUGCGAAUAAGUAUGCUGCCAAUGCUGGCAUCAGUCUCUCGUCACCCAGCAGUGGCGGGGACGGUGGUGCUGGAGCUGGUGGAAUGAUGAUGGAUCCUGCGGCCAUUGACGCCUUGACAAAGGACCAACGUGCAUUGUUCAAGCAACAGUUAGAAUCCAUUGCUAGUUACUUGAAACUGGAUCUACGGGCUGGCGAUAGAGCCUUCGUGGCCUCUGUCGAGAGUCAAAAAGCUCUCCAAGCACAGCUAGACCUCUGGAACAUCGAGCACGGCGAUGUGUAUGCAACAGGUAUAUCGCCGUCAUUCGACUCUCUGAAGGCUCGCAUUUACGACUCCUCAUGGAAUUGGGCUCGCCAGGAUGCAUUGAGCAUGUAUUAUGAUAUUAUUUUCGGCAGACUUAAAGUCGUUGAUCGAGAAAUUGUCAGCCAGUGUAUUCGGCUCAUGAACCGUUCCAAUCCACGACUGCUUGAUUUCAUGCAGUACCAUAUUGACAACUGCCCUACCGAGCGAGGAGAAACAUACCAGUUGGCAAAGGAGUUGGCACUACAGCUCAUUGAGAACUGCAAAGAAGUCAUUGGUGUUGCUCCUGCUUACAAAGAUGUCGCCAUUCCAACUGGCCCGCAAACAACCAUUGAUUCUCGUGGUACUAUUACUUACCAAGAAGUACCCCGGGCUAGUGCACGCAAGCUGGAACAUUACGUGAAACAGAUGGCCGAAGGUGGUCCAAUUUCCGAGUACAGCAACCGGACAAAGGUCCAGAAUGACCUUAAGAGUGUCUAUAAGCUCAUCCGCAGACAGCAUAGACUAUCUAAAUCUUCCCAGCUACAAUUCAAUGCUCUUUACAAAGAUGUCCUGCGUACUUUGGCAAUGAACGAGAACCAAAUUAUGCCUCAAGAAAAUGGAAACGCGAAAAAGCCUGGUCGUCAUGCCAAGACCAACGGCCCCCUACGUCCUGGGAAGGUCGAGGCCGUUCCGUUCCUUCACCUGAAGAAGAAGGACGACCAUGGUUGGGAGUACAGCAAGAAAUUAACAGGUGUCUACUUGGACGGUCUUGAGUCUGCUGCACGAUCAGGUAUCACUUUCCAGGGCAAGAAUGCUCUCAUGACCGGCGCUGGUGCUGGAUCUAUCGGAGCUGAAGUCUUGCAAGGAUUGAUUAGCGGCGGUGCGAAGGUUGUAGUAACCACAAGCCGUUUCUCCCGUGAGGUGACCGAAUACUACCAGAGCAUGUAUGCCAAAUAUGGUGCUAGAGGUUCUCAGCUUGUUGUCGUUCCUUUCAACCAAGGGAGCAAGCAGGAUGUAGAUGCCCUUAUCGAUUACAUCUACGAUUCCAAGAAGGGUCUUGGCUGGGAUCUUGACUACAUCGUACCGUUCGCCGCCAUCCCAGAAAACGGUCGUGAAAUCGAUAGUAUCGAUUCCAAAUCUGAACUCGCCCACCGUAUCAUGUUGACAAACUUACUGAGACUUCUCGGAGCUAUCAAGACCCAGAAGCAGGAGCGUGGAUUUGAAACUCGUCCCGCACAAGUCAUCUUGCCUCUCUCGCCUAAUCAUGGUACCUUUGGUAACGAUGGUUUGUACUCGGAGUCUAAAUUGGCCUUGGAAACUCUUUUCAACCGUUGGCACUCUGAGAGCUGGGCCAGUUACCUCACUAUCUGUGGUGCAGUUAUUGGUUGGACUCGUGGAACAGGGCUUAUGAGCGCAAACAAUAUGGUUGCUGAAGGUGUUGAGAAGCUUGGUGUCCGCACUUUCUCCCAGCAGGAAAUGGCUUUCAAUCUCCUUGGCCUCAUGGCCCCUGCCAUUGUCGACCUUUGCCAGUCUGAGCCUGUGUUCGCUGACCUGAACGGUGGUUUGCAGUUCAUUCCUGAUCUCAAGGACCUCAUGACGCGGCUACGCAAGGAAAUCAUGGAUACAAGUGCUCUUCGUCAAGCUGUUAUCAAGGAGACUGCCAUUGAAAACAGGGUUGUCAACGGCGAAGGAAGCGAAGCCCUCUACAAACAGGUCGUCACGGAACCUCGUGCUAACCUCAAAUUCCCCUUCCCUGAGUUGCCUAAUUGGGAUGAGGACAUCAAGCCCCUACAUGAACAACUCCGUGGAAUGGUCAAUCUUGACAAGGUCGUUGUUGUUACUGGUUUUGCCGAAGUUGGCCCGUGGGGUAACUCUCGUACGCGAUGGGAGAUGGAAGCAUUUGGCAAAUUCUCCCUGGAGGGGUGCGUUGAAAUGGCUUGGAUCAUGGGUUUGAUUAAGAACCACAAUGGACCAGUGAAGGGGAAGCCGUACUCCGGAUGGGUAGACUCCAAGACUGGGGAACCAGUUGAUGACAAAGAUAUUAAAGCAAAGUACGAAAAGUAUAUACUUGAACACUCUGGCAUACGUUUGAUUGAGCCAGAGCUAUUCAAAGGCUACGACCCCAACAAGAAGCAACUCCUUCAAGAAGUUGUCAUUGAGGCUGACCUCGAACCCUUCGAGACAUCGAAAGAGACAGCGGAAGAAUUCAAGCGUGAGCACGGUGACAAGGUCGAGGUCUUUGAAAUCCCUGAUUCAGGAGAGUAUACCGUUCGUAUCAAGAAGGGAGCCAAUCUGUGGAUUCCAAAGGCUCUCCAAUUCGACCGUUUGGUAGCUGGUCAAGUACCCACUGGAUGGGAUGCCAAGAGAUACGGUGUUCCAGAAGAUAUUAUCGAUCAAGUUGACCCUGUCACACUUUACGUCCUUGUGUGCACUGUAGAGUCUCUCCUCGCUGCUGGUAUCACCGAUCCAUACGAGUUCUACAAGUAUGUGCACUUGUCUGAGGUUGGUAAUUGUAUCGGUUCCGGUGUCGGCGGCACUACUGCUUUGAGAGGCAUGUAUAAAGAUCGAUUCCUCGACAAGCCUGUCCAAAAAGAUAUUUUGCAGGAAUCGUUUGUUAAUACCAUGGCUGCUUGGGUUAACAUGCUUCUUUUGUCUUCUACCGGUCCUAUCAAGAGUCCUGUCGGUGCAUGUGCUACAUCGGUGGAGUCUUUGGACAUUGGUUACGAUACUAUCGUUGAAGGCAAGGCACGCGUGUGCUUAGUCGGUGGAUUUGAUGACUUCCAAGAAGAGGGCUCGUACGAAUUUGCCAACAUGGGAGCCACCAGUAACGCCAAGGAAGAAUUCAAACGAGGGAGAACUCCUCAGGAGAUGUCUCGACCAACAUCCACCACUCGUAACGGGUUUAUGGAGUCUCAAGGUUGUGGUAUCCAAGUCUUGAUGACUGCCCAGCUUGCCCUAGAUAUGGGUGUUCCCAUCUAUGGUAUAGUUGCGGCAACAAGCACUGCUACUGACAAAAUCGGUCGUUCAGUCCCUGCCCCUGGUCAAGGUGUGCUCACAGCAGCUCGUGAGAACCCUGGGCAGUUCCCAUCACCUCUUCUUGAUAUCAAGUACCGCCGCCGUCAGCUGGAUCUCCGCCGACAGCAAAUCAAGCAGUGGCAAGAAUCCGAAUUGCUUUACCUUCAGGAAGAAGCCCAAGCAAUCAAGAGUCAGAGUUCAGGCUCGUUCAACGAAGCAGAGUAUCUGCAAGAACGCGCAGCGCACAUUCAUCGAGAGGCUAUUCGCCAAGAAAAAGAAGCUCAAAGCAGCCUUGGCAAUGAUUUCUGGCGCCGUGAUCCUCGCAUUGCGCCAUUGCGUGGUUCGCUCGCAACAUGGGGAUUGACUAUUGAUGACCUCGAUGUUGCCUCUUUCCAUGGCACUUCCACCGUUGCUAAUGAUAAGAACGAAUCUGACGUGAUUUGCCAACAACUGUCUCACUUGGGUCGACAGAAGGGCAAUGCUGUAUUGGGUAUUUUCCAGAAAUACCUGACAGGACAUCCCAAGGGAGCAGCUGGCGCAUGGAUGUUGAACGGCUGUCUUCAAGUUUUGAACAGUGGUAUCAUUCCUGGAAACCGAAAUGCCGACAAUGUUGACAAGGUCAUGGAGAAGUUCGACUUGAUUGUGUACCCCAGUCGAACUAUUAAGACUGAUGGUGUCAAGGCAUUCUCUGUUACCUCGUUCGGAUUUGGACAAAAGGGCGCCCAGGCUAUCGGCGUGCAUUCCAAGUAUCUCUUCGCUACUUUGGACAAGGCCCAAUUUGAAUCGUACAAAGUCAAGGUAGAGGCUCGCCAGAAGAAGGCUUACCGUUACUACCAUAACGGCAUGAUCAACAACUCCAUCUUCCAGGCCAAGAGCAAGGCCCCCUACGAAGACAAGAUCCAGAGCCAGGUUUUCCUGAAUCCUGAUUACCGUGUCACACUGGACAACAAGAGCUCUGAGCUCGCAUUUCCUGCCGUAUCUCCCAAGGCCACGACGGCUGACGAUACGGAAACGACUCGUAAGAUGAUCGAGUCUCUGGCAGCAGCUACUGCCUCGCCAAACACCCGACUUGGUGUUGACGUCGAGCACGUCGAGGCUAUCAAUAUCGAGAACGAUGUCUUUGUUGAACGCAAUUUCACUGAGAACGAGCAAGCAUAUUGCCGCAAGGCACCGUCGCCGCAAGCAUCAUUCGCUGGACGAUGGACUGCCAAGGAGGCUGUCUUCAAGUCUCUUGGGGUUCCAUCAAAGGGGGCCGGUGCUCCAUUGAAAGAGAUCGAAAUCGCCAACGACGCAAACGGUGCUCCCGUUGUAAACCUUCACGGAGCCGCUGCCGAAGCUGCCAAGCUUGCUGGUAUAAAGUCCGUCAGUGUCAGCAUCAGCCAUAGCGAUUCCCAAGCUAUUGCUGUUGCUGUAUCAAAGUAUUAA